AUGCUUCACUUGUCACAUCCUAGCUUCAACAAUCAUCAUCCACAGAGCAGAACAUUGCUUAAUAUGUCCCAAUCUGUUAUUGUCGACAUGACCGGAGCUAGCAGUAUGAUCACAUCAAUGAACCUUGGCGACCAAGACGGUGAUAUGGUCGACAAUGAAACCCAGCAGAUCAUAAGACCUACGGUUAUCAUCCCUUUCCCUGCUCCUAAAGUCAUGGACUUACAUAUGUUUCAAGGUGACCAAAAGGAGAGCUUGUAUUGGGGAACAUAUCGUCCUCAGACGUACUUUGGAGUUGGCGCUAGAGAUCCUGAUGAACCCCUUGUCGCUGGGUUGAUGUGGCGUGUUACCAGAGAGGGGAAGCCAGUGAUGAGGCAUUUCUGUGAAAACAAGAACGAUUUAAAGUCAUUUGGCUGGAGAGAACACAAUGGAAUAGAUUUUGGGCGGCAAGACCUGAUUGAAAACGAUUUGACAUUGGAGACAAGUUUUGUCAAGACUAAGGAGGGCAGUCAUGGUUAUGGAGGGGAUUGGGCAGUUCGGAUUAAUGUUGAAAAUCUAGUUUGGCUGGAUGAUGAAGAAAAGAGAGGUGCAAAUCUCUUUUUCUAUAUAGCUGAUGAAGGUCGCAACAAAGUUCUAAACUUAGGGCUCAAGGAGAGUUCUACCCUUGUUUCCGGUUCACAUGCAAAAGUAGGAAACUGGCAGUUGCACUUAAAAUCAACGACUCCAGAUCUCGAAACACAUUACUGCGGUUUCAAGACUCCCAAUUCUGUGGAACUGUCUAAACUUGUUCUGGAUAAUCUCAAGGAAAGUAAGCCUGGACGCGUUGAGCUCUCUGACACAGCGCAAGAUGAUUCCAACGUUUAUGUUUUUCAGAUUUCCACGACGGCCCAGUUUUCUACUAUAGAUAUUGUCUUCAUCUCUGGGAUAACAGAAGAAACUGCCAAUGUGGAAAAGCGUGUAAAGGCACUUACAGGUCAUGCACUCACUAGUCUACUUGAAGAGAAGUAUGUAGCAUUUGAUUUAAAAUUCAAGGAAUGCUUCAAACUUCCUGGAGAUAUUGAUUAUAAUACUUCGAUGGUUGGUAAAACUGCAAUUGCCAACAUGCUUGGAGGCAUUGGUUAUUUCCAUGGUCAUUCAAAAGUACACGACCAUAACUCUUCUGAGGAAACAAACCCUCUCGUGUGGCCUUAUUGGCCAGCUGAGCUGUACACAGCAGUUCCAUGUCGGCCCAAAUUUCCAUGGGGGUUUCUUUGGGAUGAAGGUUUCCAUCAAAUGUUGAUCUGGCGCUGGGAUUUCCGUAUUACCUUGGAAAUCGUUGGACACUGGUUAGACCUAAUGAAUGUAGAAGGAUGGAUUCCACGUGAACAACUUUUGGGCGCUGAAGCUCUGAGUAAGAUUAACCCGGAGUACGUGGUUCAGGACCCGGAUAUUGCCAAUCCACCUACACUACUUUUGGUGUUAUGCGAACUUAUUAUUGGGGUACAAAACAAGAAAUUUAAUGAGGCAGAAAGUGGCGAUAUUGUGUUAUUCCUAGAGCGGGCUUUGGCACGGUUAGACGCAUGGUUCAAAUGGUUAUAUACUUCCCAGAAAGGGAAGAAGGAGGGAAGUUUCUAUUGGCGCGGCAGAGACAGUAAAACAAAUCUUGAACUAAACCCUCGGACUCUUGCUUCGGGCCUGGAUGAUUAUCCUCGGGCUUCACACCCAAGUGACGAUGAGAGGCAUGUUGACCUCAGAUGUUGGAUUUAUAUUGCUGCAGAUUGCAUGAAGUUCAUCACAGAGUUUCUAACGAAAAAAGAGGAGGAGAAAUAUUACACCUCAAUUGUCAAGAAGCUUUCAAAAUUCGAUGAUCUGAAUGCGUUGCACUAUGACCAUGAUCAUGAGACUUACCUCGACUACGGUAAUCAUACAGAAAAGGUUCGAUUUGUCUUCGAACAUGGGAAACUUGUAAGGGUGACAGAUGAGGAUCCAGUGCCAAGAAAGGUUCCUCAAGUCGGUUACGUCAGCUUCUUUCCCUUCAUCUCUAAAAUUAUCCCACCUAAAUCUCAAAUCCUCGAGCAACAGCUCGAUCUCAUUUCAAAUAACAACAUUGUAUGGAGCGAGUACGGACUAGUUUCACUUGCCAAAACCAGCUCCUUGUACAUGCAAUGGAACGCUCUGCACCAACUACCAUAUUGGAGAGGUCCCAUAUGGAUGAAUAUUAACUACUUGAUUCUUGCCUCCCUGGACCAUUACUCUAAAUUGGAAGGACCAUACAGCAACAAGGCAAGAACUAUUUACAUGGAACUAAGGAGCAAUCUGAUAAGUAAUGUGGUUAGAAACUAUGACCAGACGGAUUACAUUUGGGAGCAUUAUAAUCAAAUAGAAGGAACUGGAGAAGGUGGACGUAACUUCACUGGCUGGUCUGCACUCAUCCUCUUAAUCAUGUCCGAAGAGUACCCUCGUCUUUAA